AUAAAUCAGUGUAUUUUUUGUUGUUCCUUGCCAAACAAUAGAAGACGAACGUACUCGGGAGUAAAUUAAUAAAAAAUCGGGCGACCGGAUCGGGCGUAAAUCGUUAAUUGUUCAAUUAAAUGCAGUUAAUGACGCGCCGGCCUGCAUAGUGCGAUCGCAUAGUCACCGAGUGGACCGUGGCCCCCUGGCGCUAUAGUCGUAAUCCGAACCCGAAUCGCUCCAUCGGGAAUCGUUAAUUGUGAAUCCGAGCGAUGAACAAGGUGGGCAAGCACAUCCAAAGCGGCAUCGGCGGAGCACCAAACGCGGCAUUGUCCACGGCGGCCCUACUGGGUACUCCGCUGGAGGCGUCCAAUGGAGCCGGGUCGGCCAGCACCACCAAUGUGUUCAACUCCAUCAUGAGCUUCCUGCCGGACAAUCGACCCAUCACCUCGCUGCACAUCGUCGAGGAUUUCGAACGCUGUCCGAAGAACUUCAGUGCCAUAAACCGCACCUACGACCAGGAUUCGGAUGCGGACCUAUGGCGCGACUACAGCCUGUUUGGACGCCAGAACACACGCUACCUCUGCCUGUCCAAGUCCGAGGGCCUGCCGGAAUACGUGGUGGAGACCCUACAAGUGAUUUCGGAUAAAACACCGCCGCCCAAGGAAUUCUCUCAGGUCUCCCGCACUGCCGACAGUGAUCAGAAGGCCUGGCGCAAGCGGCAGGUGAUCUACAAGCUCUCCAAGCGCGGCACUGUGACCCAGGCGGUCACCGACAUAAUACUCUGCUCCAAGUUGAAGGCAGCGCCCGAUGGCUUCAAGCUGGCCGGCGAUAUCAACGGAGUGCUCAUCUGCUACAAAACGAGCGCGAUCCCAGUGCGCCUCUCGCCACCAGUGCCAGGUGUGGGAGUGCCAGCUCCAGCCACCUGCGAGGUGGAGCAAGCCCUGAACCGCCUGAAUCUCCAGGGUCAACGCAACUCACGUGGACCACAGCUGCCACAACCACCGACUGAACACCAUGACUAUGAGGAGAUCCAAGCCAAUUAUCAAAUUAACUCGCCACAGCGACCGGCGCCACCUCGGCCAGCGGGAGUGGGUUCCGGAGGAGGACGCGGUACUUACGGCGGAACGGGCACCCUGGGCACCUACACCGAGCUGGAGGGAGUGCCUUUCGUCAUGGACGUUAGGCUGCAGCGCAACCAAGCUGUGAAUGAUAUACCUACACUGCCUGAAAUCUCUACGCUGCUUAAGUCUCUGGACUAUGACUUUCAGCUGGAACGUCAGAUCUUGUGCACCAUGAAGUCAUCGGCAUCUAAGAACCCGUUUUUUAAGUAAAAUUGCAAAACUUUCA